CGAUAUGAUGAGUUUAUGCGAAUUACUAGACUCUGGCGCCAUUUAAAGAUGCUGAAACGCUCUGGAGUUACCUAUUUCUCUGGUAGCGUCAGAAAUGCUCCUGAAGGAUCGUGUGCAAUUAUUUGCCCUGCCUGUCCUUCCUCAACAGACUGGGAGGACAAUGAGACUAUAAACUGGGCAAAAUCUACAAAGUUUCUUAUGCUUGAUGCAAACUUCCGGUUAAAAUGCAAGAUAAGAUCAACUGUCAAUGAUAAACCUCUUGGUUCAGGUCUUGCAUACUAUGUCAGUAUUGAUAAGUUUAAAAACUUUCUGGGAACUACUAGUCAUUGUAACCAGGCAGAAGAAGCACCUAUGUACUGUGACUCUAAUUUACAUGCUGUGGACCAUGCCAAUCUUAAAGGGAACUCAAAAUAUGUUGCUAGUGGAGUUGGAGCAGUACAGUGCCGGCACAUGUUUGUUCAGCCGAAUGGGACUGGUGAUUUAUCUCGUGGAGAAAGUUAUCAUACAAUGGAUUAUCUUUUCUGGUCAUCCUUCCAAGGAAAACUCCCACCUCGUACUGUUGUGUCAUAUGAUAUUGCAUGUCGAUGGAGUGUUAACCAGCUUCGGAGGCGUCUUAGUCUCUUCCCUCCAGAACUCCAGUUUUACAACUCACAGCAGCAUUCAAUCGAGUAUGUUAUCCCUAAAUUUCAUAUUUAUGGACAUGGAGAAGAAUGCCAGACAAAGUUUUCUCUCAAUUAUCGUCCUUGGAUGGCUCGAGUCGACGGAGAGAAUAUUGAGAGGGGUUGGUCAUGGAUGAAUCCUGCAGCUCUUGGGACUAGAGAGAUGGGAUUAGGUGCUCGUCAAGAUCACUUGGACGAC